GCCCGACGCUCGCCAGACUGUGCCACCGGGCGGGGAGGAGGGGGUGCGCCUCUGCGGGCGGGGCGCGCAGCCCGCCGUCUCGGAGGCCGAGGCUCGACCGAGCGCUACGGAGGACUGUUCGGCCGCCCAGCACCUCGGCAGUGCAGCUGCCAGGCCCGGACUCUGCGGGGACCUGAGGGGCGUCACGAGCGGCAGCGAGCCGCCUCCCCCCACCCCGGGUGGGAGCGGUGGUUGGGCCCGGCUGCGGCAGAGCGUUCUCUCGGAGAUGGCGGAGCCGCCGCGACGCGGCCCAAGGCCCCGAGAGCUGGGAAGCCGGGCAGCCCCGGGACGCGGCGGAGCCCGGGGACAGCGGGGACGCCGCCUAGUCCGCCGGGUGUGAAGCCAACAUGCAGUGGUUAAGAACACGGGCUGUGGAGCUCUACAGGCCUGACUUUGAAUCCCAGUUCCUCCACUGACUGACUGAGCUGUGUGAUCCUGGGCAAGUGACUAAGCUUCUCUGGACCUCAAAUUACUCACAUGUAAAAUGGGGAUAAUAAUAGUGUCUGCCUCUUACCUACCUUCCAGGGCUGAUGUGAGCAUUAAAUAUAUGGAAAGCUCUUGGAAGAAUGUCUGACAAAGAGUAAGCUCUCACUAUUUACAAUUAUUCUUAACAGUAAUGGGGGAGACACCCUGAGUGUCCACUUCGUGUCAGUGAGGACUUCUCACUACUGUGUUUUCCCUAAAGAGUUUCCUUUAAUUCUUAGGAUUCACCCCUUCCCAUCACUAUUUCAGUCCUCUCCCCAGCUUUCUUUUCAUGUCAAUUUUACCCAGGCCAAAGCUGAACUGUUCUUAAAUCAUCUCUCUCAAUUCUGAGGAACCCUGUCUCUGCCUGAUCUCACCCCUGAGAUGUAUAUACCUGGGAGUGGGUAGCAGAGAAGGAUUGCCAGUCCUUGGCCUUACUAGGAAUGGCUAAGCUGGAGAGAACAACAAUAAAGCUUCUAGAAGCAGUCUAUAUAUUUAAGAAAACAGUCUCCAAAAUUAGGUCUCCCUGAAACUGUUUUCUGAUCACACUGUCCUUACCCCUUUCUUACUGGUUGGGUAUGACUUAAGCUGUUGUAGCUCUCAUCCAGCCCCACUAAGUUUGCUAUCUUUUUGUAACAGGAUUCAAUCCCUCAUGUCUCCAUAGGCUAGCUCAGGACCCUUCUGAGCUGUUCAGUGAUGAGGAUAUAGUAUCACCUAGGCUAAGUUAGGAAGGUGAACUGAAGUGAUAGGAAGACAGACUGGACUCAGCCCUCUGGCUUCUCUCAGGCCCCAGUGAUGUGGUCUGCCCUGGGGCUACAUUUUUAUCACCUCUCUGACACUCGUGCAGGUGAGAUGAAGGACAGGGGAUGAGUAAUUUUUCACAAGUAAUAGAGAGUUUCUGGGUUUGGAAGUGAAUCGAAUGAUUAGGUAGCACCAUUUCUUUUACCUUUCGAAUCUCCCCACCCCCCAUCAUAGUGUUCUCACUACAAGUUCGUUAGUGCUUCUAGCUUGUGAUGUUGGGUUUGAUUGAUGAGGAAGAUUAACAGACUCAUGAGUUUCCUCUUAUCUCAUAUUUCAUUGGAGCACGGGACUUGUGGGGCUUUCUGUCCCUUCCUCACAGGACGACCAGAGCUCCUGCUGGCUGGCCAACUGCUUAGUCGUGGGCUGGGAACUUCUUCCAGAGCAGGUUCAUUUUCGCCCUCCUGAGCUGUUUGGUCUCCUUUUGAUGGGAGAUUUGUUCCCUUCCAGCCCUUGAAUAUACUGCUCUAGCUCUGAGUUUAGCUCAGGAAGGAGAAUUUAUAUUCUAAGAAAGGCAACAAGCUAUGAAGUGAAGGUAUGAGACUCAGAUUGUGUUGUUCUUCUACAGGAGCUUUUUUUUUUUUUGGAGAACAAAUCAUCCUGUGAGCAGGAGGUAAGAGAGAUGGGUGAAGAGGGGAAUGGGUUAAUGAUACACUUUCAGGUGGAGAAGUAACCCAUUGAUUUUUCUGUGUUACAGAUAGUGAGGGCAGGGAUUAUGAACUUUGUUGACCUCUAAUGUGAGGAGCUCAGCAGGACCAAGAGUGGAGCCUGGCUAGAUUUGCAUCCUGAAGCCAUGGACCAGGGGGCCAUGGUGACUUGAGACCAGUGGACUGUGUCCAGUUGCCCCUCGUUGCCCCUUCUAACUCCCCUACCCUAAAGUAAGGGGAGUUGGCUCCAACUUUUCAGGGAACUAACCCUGAGGAAAUCAUUUUCCCUUACUUUCCUAUCCUACCCUCUUAAGAGAGCCCAGCCUAUAGAACUCCUACCUCCCAUCCCCUGAGGUAGACCCCAUCCCUGCCUCCCCUUCCCCGCCAUGCUCAAGCUGUGGAAGGUGGUACGCCCAGCUCGGCAGCUGGAACUGCACCGCCUCAUACUGCUGCUGAUCGCUUUCAGUCUGGGCUCCAUGGGCUUCCUGGCUUACUACGUAUCCACCAGCCCCAAGGCCAAGGAACCCUUGCCCCUGCCCUUGGGAGACUGCAGCAGUGGUGGGGCAGCUGGCCCUGGCCCUGUACGUCCACCAGUCCCACCACGGCCCCCCAGGCCACCAGAGACAGCUCGAACUGAACCUGUGGUCCUUGUGUUUGUGGAGAGUGCAUACUCACAGCUGGGGCAGGAGAUUGUGGCCAUCUUGGAGUCUAGUCGUUUUCGUUAUAGCACUGAGCUAGCACCCGGCCGAGGGGACAUGCCCACACUGACUGAUCAUACCCGUGGCCGCUAUGUCUUGGUCAUUUAUGAAAACCUGCUCAAGUAUGUCAACCUGGAUGCCUGGAGUCGGGAACUGUUAGACCGGUACUGUGUGGAGUACGGUGUGGGCAUCAUUGGCUUUUUCCGAGCCCAUGAACAUAGCCUACUGAGUGCCCAGCUCAAGGGUUUUCCCCUUUUCCUACACUCAAACUUGGGGCUCCGGGACUACCAAGUGAAUCCUUCUGCCCCCUUACUGCAUCUCACACGCCCCAGCCGCCUGGAACCUGGGCCGCUGCCUGGUGAUGACUGGACCAUCUUCCAAUCCAAUCAUAGCACAUAUGAACCAGUGCUUCUUGCCAGCCUUCGGCCAGCUGAAUCCCCUGUGCCAGGACCAGUGCCUCGCCGGACCCGGCUUCCCACUGUCGUACAAGACCUGGGGCUUCAUGAUGGCAUCCAGCGGGUGCUCUUUGGCCAUGGCCUUUCCUUCUGGCUCCACAAACUUGUUUUUGUUGAUGCUGUUGCAUACCUCACUGGCAAGCGCCUCUGCCUAGACCUUGACCGCUACAUCUUGGUAGACAUUGAUGACAUCUUUGUGGGCAAGGAAGGUACCCGCAUGAAGGUGGCUGAUGUUGAGGCUCUGUUGACCACCCAGAACAAACUCAGGACCUUAGUCCCCAACUUCACUUUCAACUUGGGCUUCUCGGGCAAGUUCUAUCAUACUGGGACAGAGGAGGAAGAUGCAGGGGACGACAUGCUGCUGAAGCACCGCAAAGAGUUCUGGUGGUUCCCCCACAUGUGGAGCCACAUGCAGCCACACCUGUUCCACAAUCGCUCCGUGCUGGCUGACCAGAUGAGGCUCAACAAACAGUUUGCUCUGGAACAUGGGAUUCCCACGGAUCUGGGGUAUGCUGUGGCCCCCCACCACUCGGGUGUAUACCCCAUCCACACGCAACUCUAUGAGGCCUGGAAAUCUGUGUGGGGCAUCCAGGUGACCAGCACUGAGGAAUAUCCCCAUCUCCGCCCUGCCCGCUACCGCCGUGGCUUCAUUCACAAUGGCAUUAUGGUAUUACCACGGCAGACAUGUGGACUCUUCACUCACACAAUCUUCUAUAAUGAAUAUCCUGGAGGCUCUCGUGAACUAGACCGGAGCAUCCGAGGUGGAGAGCUCUUUCUGACAGUGCUGCUUAAUCCGAUCAGCAUUUUUAUGACCCAUCUGUCAAAUUAUGGAAAUGAUCGGCUGGGCCUGUAUACCUUUGAGAGCCUGGUGCGUUUCCUUCAAUGCUGGACACGGCUGCGCCUACAGACCCUUCCUCCUGUCCCUCUUGCACGAAAGUACUUUGAACUGUUCCCUCAAGAGCGAAGCCCCCUUUGGCAGAAUCCCUGUGAUGACAAGAGGCACAAAGAUAUCUGGUCCAAGGAGAAAACCUGUGAUCGGCUACCCAAGUUCUUGAUUGUGGGACCCCAGAAAACAGGGACCACAGCUAUUCACUUCUUCCUGAGCCUGCACCCAGCUGUGACUAGCAGCUUCCCUAGCCCCAGCACCUUUGAGGAGAUUCAGUUCUUCAACGGCCCUAAUUACCACAAGGGUAUUGAUUGGUACAUGGACUUCUUCCCUGUCCCUUCCAAUGCCAGCACUGACUUUCUCUUUGAAAAAAGUGCCACCUACUUUGACUCAGAGGUUGUACCACGUCGGGGGGCUGCCCUUCUGCCACGAGCCAAGAUCAUCACUGUGCUCACCAACCCUGCUGACAGGGCCUACUCCUGGUAUCAGCACCAGCGAGCACAUGGAGACCCAGCUGCUCUGAAUUAUACUUUCUACCAGGUGAUUUCAGCCUCCUCUCAGGCCCCUCUGGCACUUCGCUCCCUGCAGAACCGCUGUCUUGUCCCUGGCUACUAUUCCACCCAUCUGCAGCGCUGGCUGACUUACUACCCCUCUGGACAGUUGCUGAUUGUGGAUGGGCAAGAGCUGCGUACCAACCCAGCUGCCUCAAUGGAGAGCAUCCAGAAGUUCCUGGGUUUGAUGAAGAUAAGGGAUUCUGGUGCCAGGGACUUGAAGGUGGGAAGACUCGUUGUCUGGGCAAAAGCAAAGGCCGGAGGUAUCCGGAUAUGGACACUGAGUCCCGCCUUUUUCUUAUGGAUUUUUUCCGGAACCACAAUUUGGAUCUGUCGAAGCUGCUAAGCCGGCUUGGACAGCCAGUGCCCUCAUGGCUUCGGGAAGAACUGCAACAUUCCAGUCUGGGCUGAUGUCCAGGCCUCCUGUACCAGCAAAAGCGCCCCGCUACCCUAAAGGGCAAGCCCAGAGCAGGGCCCACAAGGGGUAUUAGAGUGGCCCAGCCCCUGCCCCUUCUACCUCAGUGGCCCCCAGGCCUGGGAUGGCUGAGAAGGAAAGGGCAGUCCUUUCCCAUAGCUCUAGGGUCUUAUAAAGGGGCUUCCCUUGAUACCCCACAUCAUGGUACUAGGCACCUUCAACCCAUGGUCUUUGAAGGUGGGUGAGAAUGAAAGGGUCCAGGCAAGGUGUAGAGGAACUUAUUAAUCCAGUGAUUUCCCUCUUCAUUCUCAGCAGUAUAUCUAUCUAUACCUGGCUAUGGGAGGGACCCCCCCCUACUGUGGGAUCAAUGGGAUCUACCUGUGGCCCGGCCUCCCUAAUGUCAUUCACAUUGAAUGGGGAUGAGGCCGGACAGUGGCUCAUAGAGCUGAGUAUGAGCCCUAGCUGUGGGCUAGAAAUGUCCUUAAUAAACAUCCUUAUUUUUC